GAUUUGGCCCAAUAGAAGUCUCUCUGGUGGGGAAGGCGGGACCAGGCCUAUCGACGCAGGUGAGUGGCGGGCGCCGUAAGGGCUGGAAAGAUGGCGGUCCUGGCACCUAUAAUUGCUCUGAUAUAUUCGGUCCCGCGACUUUCACGAUGGCUGGCACGACCUUACUACCUUCUGUCUGCCCUGCUCUCUGCUGCUUUCCUACUCGUGAGGAAACUGCCGCCGCUCUGUCACGGUCUCCCCACCCAACGCGAAGACGGCAACCCGUGUGACUUUGAUUGGAGAGAAGUGGAGAUCCUGAUGUUUCUCAGUGCCAUUGUGAUGAUGAAGAACCGCAGAUCUAUGCCCCAAGAAGAGGGACAAAGAAUGGGAUAUAGGAGCGUGCAGCCCAGCCUGACCUGUGGCAUCUCUGUGUUUCAGUCACCGUGGAACAACAUAUAGGCAACAUCUUCAUGUUUAGUAAGGUGGCCAAUGCAAUUCUUUUCUUCCGCCUGGAUAUCCGCAUGGGCCUGCUUUACAUCACACUUUGCAUAGUGUUCCUGAUGACGUGCAAGCCUCCCCUAUAUAUGGGCCCUGAGUACAUCAAGUACUUCAAUGAUAAAACCAUUGAUGAGGAACUGGAGCGGGACAAGAGGGUCACUUGGAUCGUGGAGUUCUUUGCCAAUUGGUCUAAUGACUGCCAAUCAUUUGCUCCUAUCUACGCUGACCUCUCUCUCAAGUACAACUGUACAGGUCUAAAUUUUGGAAAGGUGGAUGUUGGACGCUACACUGAUGUUAGUACACGAGUCCUUUCUGGGCUCUGUAGGUACAAAGUGAGCACAUCGCCUCUCACCAAGCAACUCCCUACCCUGAUCCUGUUCCAAGGUGGCAAGGAGGUAAUGCGGCGGCCACAGAUUGACAAGAAAGGACGAGCUGUCUCUUGGACCUUCUCUGAGGAGAACGUGAUCCGCGAAUUCAACUUGAAUGAGCUAUACCAACGGGCCAAGAAAAUAUCAAAGGCUGGAGACAGUAUCCCAGAGGAACAGCCUGUUGUCCCAACCCCCACCACAGUGCCAGAUGGGGAAAGCAAGAAGGACAAAUAGAACCCCCAUCUUUUGUCAGUGCUUCCUCUCCUGUCAAUUCCAGGCUCCUUUGAGGCCCUGCCUCUACAGUAACCACAAGUCUGAAGCUGUGGCCUUUUAUUUAUGUUUUCCCUGUUUGGCUGUGCCUGGGUGGGGCAGGGUGCUGCUUCUGAUCUUAAAGAGGCAUCUAGGCAGUUGCUGGGCACCCUACAGGUAGGCCUGCCCUGCUGUGGCCAACUAUUUCAUGGAGGAAGGGAGAGAUUGCAUAUGAUGGAGGAGGAAAUGUUUUCCCUCCAAGCCAAUGUCAGUGUACUAACUGUUAUCAGCCACCCAGACAUCCCCACCAUUGUGUGGUUCACUAUUGUUAGUGGACCUGCACAGCCUAGUUAGACCUAGAUUAAACCCUAAGGUGAGAUGCUGGGGUAUAGAACACAAAAAAUUUUCCCUCGAGGACCCUUGCUUUCUUAAAUCCUUCUGGCUUGGUGUCUGGCUUUCAUUAAAAGUAUAAGCCUAACUUUGUCACUGGUACCAAGGAGAAACCUUUAACCACAGAGUUUUCAUCGCUGAAGACAGUGCUGAACAAUCCCCCUAUUUUGUGGGGAUUGAGAAGGAAUAGAGGCUUGAGACGUUACUCUGUGUGGUGGGACCAGGAGACAGUGGCCUGGACUGGGUUUCACUAGCCCUCCUACCUCCCCACAUAAUAAAGAGACUAGGAUUUCCUUUUGA